AUGCCGCUGGAAAAUACUCGCAAAUGACCAGGGAUGGACGCGAUGCGCUUUGAAAUCGUUUUUAAUUUUUCGUGAAACGAAUUAAACGCGUUCAUCGUUUUUUGCUCAAGCCUUGGGAGCCCUGGAGACUCCGCGCGCAGAUAUACAACGAGCAGGCGAACCUUUCCACGACUCCGGCUGAAGUUUGUUUUUAUUCAUCUUAAUGAUAAACCAUCAGCGUAUGCUUAAUCGUCAGAAGAGGAGCCGGCACUUGUCCGUUUCUGCGCUGCGGGCGAAAACUGGGACGCCGUGUUAUACCCAAUGCCUGCCUUUUUGAUGACUUUUGUUUCCUUGGAUCAAGGACCCCGCAGUGUUCUCUAACUUUUGGCACGAGCCGGUUUUUUCGCCUCUCGACAAGGACGGCAAAGUGGUGACCGGAGCCACAAAAUAUGGUCCACUGUGCUGGAUGCGAGAGGCCUAUUCUGGACAGAUUUCUGCUCAACGUCUUGGACAGAGCCUGGCACGCCAAAUGCGUGCAGUGCUGUGACUGUAAAUGCAAUUUAACCGACAGGUGCUUUUCUAGAGAAGGACGGCUCUACUGCAAAAACGACUUCUUCAGACGUUUCGGCACUAAAUGCGGAGGCUGCGCGCAGGGGAUCUCGCCCAGCGACCUGGUCCGGAAAGCGCGGAGCAAAGUCUUUCACCUGAACUGCUUCACCUGCAUCAUGUGCAAUAAACAGCUCUCCACCGGCGAGGAACUGUACAUUUUAGACGAAUACAAAUUCGUCUGCAAGGAGGAUUACAUGAAUAACAGCAUCGGAAAAGACGCAAACCUUCUGUCAAUCACUACGUGCAGUGACCCGAGCCUAUCUCCAGAAUCUCAGGACCCGCAGGACGACUAUAAAGACUCCGAGACCGGACACGUGUCGGACAAGGAGGGGGUUAACAAUGAAAACGACGAGCAAAAUCUGGGCGGCAAGCGGCGCGGGCCGAGGACUACUAUCAAAGCCAAGCAGCUGGAGACCCUGAAAGCCGCCUUCGCCGCCACCCCCAAACCCACGAGACACAUCCGGGAGCAGCUGGCGCAAGAGACGGGCCUCAACAUGAGGGUCAUUCAGGUGUGGUUUCAGAACCGGCGCUCCAAGGAGAGGCGCAUGAAGCAGCUGAGCGCGCUGGGAGCCAGGAGACACAUGUUUUUCCGCAGCCCGAGGAGAAUGAGAGCGCUGGGAGACCGCGUGGAGGCAGGGGAGCUCGUGGCCAACGGACACUUCUCUUAUUACGGCGACUAUCAAGGCGAAUACUACGGCCCGGGAUCAAACUACGACUACUUCCCUCAAGGUCCUCCAUCCUCCCAAGCACAGACUCCGGGUGACCUGGGAUUCAUGCCGUCCUCUGGCCCAGCGGGAACGCCUCUAGGGAGCAUGGACCACCAUCACGGAGCACACCACCCUUCCAAUGAGACGCAAUGCUUCAGCGACAUGAUAUCUCAGCACCCAGGGGAGUCCCCCAGCCCGGAGCCCAACGCACACAGCAUCUCCGCCGACAUGUGCGACUCCACUCCACCCUUCACGUCCCUGAGCUCUCUCGCCGGCGGCGGAUACAGCAGUCAGCUGUCCUCAGAGAUCAACGAGGGCACGGUGUGGUAGCCAACGACAGACUAAUGCAGGAUACAGCGACGUGGAAGUGUACUGUUCAUGUGUGAUUUUUCUAGCGACGAUAUUUCUAUUUAGUUAAUUUAUUGACAUAAUUGUCUAUUUAUUUGUUUACCUAUUUAUUUAAUGUAUUUAUCUAUUUAAGCACCAUUUGUGUAUUUUGAAAGCGGAAUGUUAAAUAUCGGUCUGCAGACCUUAUAGCUGUGCUAUAGACAGCGACGGUAUAAGAAAAGAUGUUUAUAUUUACAACACCUGGCGUGUCUGUUCACAUGUGUAUCAUAAUUUGACGACGCAGACCUCUUGGCCUUUCGAGGCCUCGCCAUAACGACACUUGAAAUCAUCUCGCACCAAAAUCUUUCUCUGCUCUCCAUGCGGUGGGGUUACAUCUCCAUAACGAAUUCCACCAAAUCUCAGAGCGUUUGCCUUUGAAAGGGAAACUUAAAACUGUUGGGACAAACCCUUUAUUUGAAAUGAAACAUGACUUGAACUAUAAGACAAAGUCUACCUUCUAAAAAUGAUUUCAUAUAGCCUAGUCAGUGGACAGAGAGCAGUCAAUUGUUUACAUGUAUUUUCUUCAGGGGUUUGAAUAUCAACAAUGACUUAAAAAAAACCCUCUUGAUACUGACAUAAACUUUUUCUUCAAGCAAGAAACCAAACUUUUGUAUUAAUUCAAUUUAUAUUUGAGUUGUGAUUCACUGUACUAGUUUGUAUGAUCAUGUGUUUGCACAAAGAAUACACUAAACUAAAGCAUAAAUACAUGUUGACGA